UCUCUGUGUGUGAGGACAGACGGGGAAAUCAAGAUGUUCUCAGACAGCUGACGAAUCAGCUAAGCCCCUUUCUUUUUUUCCUGGAGUUUCAGAUUGGUAUCUGCCCAGGUGUGUGCAGUCUGUGCUGGUAGGUAGCGGUGGUGAGACGUAGCUCUUAAUGUCUUGAAACUGUGCAGUUUUUUGAGUUUUUAAUUUACAAAGAAAAGUCCACUCGCCUCAGCGUCACCUUAGCGUUAGUAAACCUGCAUUUAAAGGCAGCAACGGGAAUUGAGGAAAGUGCAAUUAAAGACCACAGGUGGGAGGAUUUCCAAGACAACUGUUCCAAAUGGGAAAAGUGCACACUCUACUGGUGUUCAUGCUGCAAGUAAUGUACACUGUCCAUGCAGCCUCCACUUUUUCUAAUGGCUUCUUCUACCAGGACAUCUUGAAUGGAAACGGAAAUGGAGAAAUUCAUUUCAACGGCAUUAAACUCCGAGUUGAGGCUCAGCCGCACUCUGUGUUUGCUGUGAGGGGCAGUAAUGUCACCCUGCCCUGCCGCUUCUGGUACGAGCCUCCCUUAAUCAGCCCACGAAGGGUGAGAGUGAAAUGGUCCCUAUUACCACUUUCCAGGGACCAUGAAUCUGAUGUGCUUGUGUCUAUUGGUCACCGUCAACGAAGCUUUGGUGCAUUUGAAAAUCGAGUACAUCUUCACAAGGAUGUCCAUGGAGACAUUUCACUCACUAUAACCAACUUGAGCCUGGAGGACAGUGGGCAGUAUCGCUGUGAGGUUAUUGACGGGUUGGAGGAUGAAAGUGCAACAGUGGAUUUGGGGCUCAGAGGUGUAGUGUUUCCCUACCAACCGCAUCAUGGCCGCUACCACCUAACCUUUAAGGAAGCCCAAAAAGCCUGUAAUGAACAAGAUGCUACUGUAGCCUCAUUCGCUCAGCUCUUUGCUGCCUGGCAGGAAGGUCUGGACUGGUGUAACGCUGGUUGGCUGUCAGAUGGCACAGUGCAGUAUCCUAUUGUCCAGCCCCGGCAGCCUUGUGGAGGCCUUGAUCUGGCUCCUGGGGUACGCAGCUAUGGAGCCAGACACAAACAUAGAAACCGCUACGAUGUCUUUUGCUUUACCUCCACUGUUACAGGACAAGUGUACUUCCUGCAGCGUCCCCAGAAGUUCAACUAUACCAUGGCAGCCCAGGCCUGCAUUGAUGAUGGUGCUCAGAUUGCCAAAGUUGGUCAGCUCUUUGCAGCGUGGAAGUUUCUCAAGCUGGAUCAGUGUGAUGCAGGAUGGCUGGCAGAUGGAAGUCUGCGCUAUCCGAUCAGCAAUCCUCGCCCAAGCUGUGGUCCUCAGAAUUCAGGGGUCCGUAGCUUUGGCUUUCCUUUGCCAUACAAUAAACAUGGUGUCUACUGCUAUAGAUCUAGGUAAAGAGCUCUUUGAUACUUUGCGCCUGCUGAAUGUGAAAUAUGAGACACAACAACCUUCUAUCCAACUAUAGGUUUGGACUUUUCAAUGACAAUUUUUUAGGAAAUAUUUUUUACGCAUUCUUGUCAAUAAUACUUUUAGACACACUUUUUCUAAGAAAAUGUUUCAUUUUUCAUUUUUUCAAGUAUUGAAAUAAAAAUCAUCAUUUGAUUGA